CUUCAGCUUCAGUUUAGCGUUAGCAAGAUUACUUAGUAGCCAAGUAAACGUUGUCUAUUACAUGUCAGUAGUUUGAUAUUUGUUUUAUAAAGUUACAAAGCUGAACUCGGUGUAACAGGCCAGUUUGCUGCCUUGCUACAGUCACAUAAGGUAGCUAGCGUCACUACCUUUUGUGGAAAAUAUAACGCCAUCCCAAACUGACCAGGACGCCUGAGAUGGAUGAAGAUGUCUUGUCGGAUGUAGAGGGAGAUGAAGAAGUACAGCAAGAAGGACUCGGAGAAGAGGAGGCACAGGCUUGCUCUUUGACACAAGAAACUAUUACUCAGGGGCUCUCAUUACUGUGCCGAACGGGAAAUGGACUAGGACAUGCGUUUGUUAAACUGGACCUAAAAGACAAACGGCUGAAUGACAUAGCUGCAAUCAGCAGUUAUAUUCACCUACGUUUCCUGGAUGUGUCCAAAAACCGCCUAACUGAUCUUUCUCCUCUGGCAUCACUGACCCAGCUACUUUGGCUGAAGGUUGACAAUAAUGCUGUAGCAUGCUUCAAAGGGCAACCUUUUGCUCAGUUGACCUACCUGCAGUGGCUGAGUAUGGCAGUGAACAAGCUGACAGAGCUUGGUGGUCUUGUUGGACCUGCCUUAGAGAGCCUCAAUCUUACAGGUAACAGUAUUCGGAAACUGACAGGACUUCAGAGUGCUUGUUUUGCCAACCUGGUAACUCUAGAGCUGAGGGGAAACCAGUUGGAUACCACUGAUGGCAUCAACCUUCCCAACCUGCGGCAACUAUAUUUGGCCCAAAAUGUUAUUAAACGUCUGGAGGGUUUGGGGAGGUUAGAGCGCCUCACCACCCUUCACCUUCGAGACAACCAGCUAGAUUCUCUGAAUGGCCUCAGCCCCAACAUGAAGUGUCUCCAAUACCUCAAUGUCAGAGGUAAUGUAAUCUUAGAUGAGAAUGCCCUGCAAAGCCUUGGCCUUGUGUCAAAAUCUCUGCGAGCUUUGAUCCUCUCUGAGAAUCCACUGGUGGAAACGACGGACUACCGGAUGUGGGUUCUGAUUCUCCUUCCAAAGCUGGAACGAAUUGACAAAGAUCCUGUCUCCCCUGAGGAGAGGACUGAGGCCUGGGAGAGAAUCAAGGAACGUAAAGAAGAGGAAAUACCUGAGCCAUCAGACUUUUAGUGAUGGCCAAAAUGAGGAAGUGUUUGACUUCCUUGAAAAGAUGGGCUUGGUGUAGAUAGGUGGCUGACUUUGUUGAAUAGAAAGUGUUGUAUAUCUUGCAUCUUGUAUGACGCACUGUGUGUCAUCCAUUAAUUCAUACAUUAAGGUAUAUCAAAUAUAGCUGGUGUCCUGUUCUUACACUAUUGCAGCCAAUCUAUUUUUUUCCACAAUAAAACUUUUUAAAUGUU